AUGGCACGCCAAUCUAUCAAAGAGUAUCUAACGAACAAUCCUCGUGGCGUUCUAGUCUUGGACGGUGGUCAAGGAACGGAACUGGAAAACAGAGGCAUUAAGGUAGCCAAUCCGGUAUGGUCCACGGUUCCGUUCAUAAACGAAUCGUUUUGGUUGGACCCUGCGUCUAAAGACCGCGAAAUUGUGAAAUCGAUGUAUAGCGACUUUCUGAGGAGCGGUGCGCAGGUCUUGAUGACAAUAACAUAUCAAGCCAGUUUUAAGUCAGUUUCCGAAAACACGCGCAUUCAAACUCUGUCCGAGUACAAUGAUUUGCUUACAAAGAUCGUUUCUUUCUCCAGGGAGUGCAUUGGCGAUGACAAAUGGCUCGUUGGGUGCAUUGGUGCAUGGGGAGCCCACAAUUGUUCUGAAUUUACUGGCGAUUACGGCGCAACACCAGAAAAAAUCGAUUUUUUGGAAUACUUUAAGCCUCAAUUGAUGAACUUCAAUGAAAAUCAAGACCUGGAUAUAAUUGGAUUUGAAACAGUUCCUAAUUUCCACGAAUUGAAAGCUAUUUUGUCGUGGGAUACCUCGAUAAUUAGCAAACCGUUUUUCAUCGGACUUUCUGUCCACGAGCAUGGGGUUCUAAGAGAUGGCACGACUAUGCAUGAGAUUGCGGAGUUUAUCAAAUCCCUGGGGCCUAAGAUGAAUCCAAAUUUCACUCUAUUGGGAAUCAACUGUGUGAGUUACAACCACUCGCAUGAUAUUUUGGAAAGCUUGCACAAAGAAAUGCCAGGAUUUCCAUUGAUUGCUUACCCAAACAGCGGAGAGGUGUACGACACUGUUAAAAAGAUUUGGAACCCCAAAGAAUCUCAGAUGUUGGCUUGGGACGACAUUGUUGAGCGGUACAUCAAUAGUGGAGCUAGAAUUAUUGGCGGUUGUUGCAGGACUUCGCCAAAGGAUAUCCAGGCCAUUAGAGAAGCUGUAGAUCGCUGUGAUGGUUGUUGA